AUGAGGGCGCGCGUGAGCAGAGGCGCCCGCGCGCCAGCAGCAGCGAUUGCGCAGCUGCGGCAGCGCUUGCACGCCAGCAAAGGCGCUCGCGCGCCAGCAGGUGCCUGCCUGCUAGCAGGGGAGGCCGCGCUUCAGCAGAGGGGCCGCGCGCCAGCGGAGGUGCUCUCCAGCGCUCCAGCAGAGAAGCCGUGCUCCAACGCUCCAGCAGAGCAGCCGUGCUCCAGCGCUCGCGCGCUAGCAGGGGCCUGCGCGCCAGCAGGGGCGCGUCGGGUCCUUACUUCCCCCCCACAAACCCCCAUCACCUCCCCCAACAGCAGGAGCACAAAGGGAGCCGCGGGUGGGGCGACGGGGGCGGGUGCAAGCACGGCUGUAGAAGGCGCGACAGAAGUGGGCGUGGAAGCUGUAGUCGCGGACGCAGCAAGCGGCAACUGCAGGCACGGCAGCGGCGGGGCCGACGGGGAGGCAUGGCAGUGGGCCGACAGGGCCGGGUGGGGUCGACUGGAGGGCGCGACGGGGCCGUUGCUGGGGAGCGGCUGGAAGCCGCGGCGGGAAGGCGCGACGGGGCCAACGGGGCGCGACAUAUCGCGCCAGCACCAUGGUAAAAGGCUCUCGAGGGUCGUUAGGCUUAUGGAAGGUGUGGCGGCUGAUGCCGAGGCAGGGCUCGACGGCGGGCGCGCACGGCAGGCGCGGCAGACGCGACGGGGUGGCAACGAGGAGGGGUCGCGAUGGGGCGCAACGGUGGGCGCGACGGGGCGCAACGGGCAGGGCGCGAGCGCCAAACAGGGUGUGUGCCAUGUGAAGGGCGGCGCGCGACGGAGCCGCCGUUGUGAGAAGGAUGCGCGCCAUUGGAAGAUCGGGGGUCGUGAGCCAAAGGCUCUGAUACCAUGUCAAAAUAGCAAGUAG